AUGACGGUAUCCAAGGAAGCCUUGCUCAAUGAUUACGAGUUUGACCCAAGUCUCGUCGAGCGAAUAGCCUUCCGCAAAGUCAAACAUACUAUCGCCAUCGUCGAGCCAGAUCCUUCAUGGCCCCAACACUUUGACCUCGCCAAAACUCGCAUUGAAACGGCCCUUGGCGACACGGCCGUCUCUAUCAACCACGUCGGCUCAACCAGCGUCCCAGGUCUUCCAGCAAAAAGAGUCAUUGACAUUGACCUUACGGUUCAAGAUGUCAACGAUGAGGCAUCAUACGUGCAAGCGCUUGAAAAUGUGGGAUUCCACUUUCUGCUAAGAGAACCACAUUGGCACGGACACCGUUUCUUUUGUGACUACGGAGAUGUGCCAACGAACUUGCACGUCUGGGGUCCGGAUUGUCCUGAAGCGGCGAGACACAAGAUCUUUACGGAUUGGUUGAGAAAUAAUGAGGAGGAUCGGAAGCUAUAUGAAGGGGUCAAGCGAGAAGCGUCUGAGGCAAGCAUUGCUGGUGGGGAGGAUGUCAUGGCGUACAAUAAGAGGAAGGAAAAUGUCAUUCGAGAGAUUUUGCAGAGAGCUUUCAAGGCUCUGGGCUAUCUGUAA